GGAGCCCCAUCCCAUUCCCUGGCCUUAGGCCGCCGCCCCUAGUCCCAGGGAAACCCAACGGAGGCGGGCCUCAUUGUCAGCCGAGGUUUAUGAGGCGGCGCUGACGACUAGGCCGCGGACGAAGCCGGGGACUCGCGUAGCCGCGCUAGCCGAGGGGGGAUGAGGUAGCGGGCGGCUUGGGGGCCGGGGCCGUCCCGCUCAAAACUUCCGGGCUUUUUCUUUUGGCUUUGCUCCCUCCGUUUCGAUGUGGCUCCAGCAGCGUCUGAAGGGGCUCCCGGGCCUUUUGUCCAGCAGUUGGGCCCGUCGCCUGGUGGCCCUCCUGGGCUUCCUCCUCUUGGCCUAUUGGUACCUUGGAGGGGGCCCUUGGCCAAGGCUAUUGGCAUGGAGGCCUGGGCAGCCCUCAGGGGCCAUGGCCAGUGUGUGCCUACAGGCCGAAACCCACUCCUGGAAGGCCUUGGCGGACCAAGGAGAAGCCAGGUUCUUGCAAGAUGGACGCAUGGCGGCCACCACUGACCACUCGCCUCCGGCCUUGGUGGGCAACGGCUACUUGGUCCUGGAUGUGGCCUCCAACCGGCUUUGGGUGGCCACUGGCGGUGGGCACCCACCGGUCACUCCGGCUCAUGCCACUGAAUACUUGGUGUUGGCGCAACUCCGGCCUCCGGCCAACACCAUCGCAGAGGCGGCCGCCUCGUCUGUGAUGCUGAAGGACGGGGCUAUUCGGUCAGUCCGGUGCUUCCAAACGGGGUCAUCGGACAACGGGUGCGUCACCGUCCGGGAAGAAGUCUUGGCACACCGCGGCCGGCCACACCUCUACCUGCAGCGUGUGGCGGUGGUCAACCCCACUGACCGCUUGGUGGCCUUUGAGGUCUCCGGCCCAGCGUCCGGAGGCAAGUUUGUCACCAGCGUGGAAAAAGCGGGCGAGCGGCAGUUCUUCCUCUCCUCUGGCCGGGUGCUCCAGCCGGACGGCGACAAGGUGGUCUUGGUGGUGGUGGCCGCCGCCAAGAAGCUGGUCAACCGGGUCCAAGUGGCACCCAAGUCGCAGUUCGAGGAGACGCUGCUGUCGGUGGUCCACACCUCGGAGCCCAUCGAAAUCUCGCGCCUGGAGGAGACCUUUGGGAAGCUCCGGGAAGCAGCCAAGAAGGAGAUGCUGGAGGUCAUGAGGAUGCGGACGGAGGAUUUGGUCCAGGAGCACCGCCAAGCCUGGGCCGACCUGUUUAUUUCGGGAGUCGAGAUGCGGAAGAUCACCGACGCUCACACCCCUUCCAGCGAUACUGUCAACAUGACCCUGUAUUACGUCCUGUCCACCACUCCGUCGCCUCUUCUCGACCCCCUCAUUGCCACCGAGGAGCGGGAAAGGAUGGAAGCCACCUUGAACUACGCUGACCACUGCUUCAGCGGCCAUGCCACCAUGCACGCUGAGAACCUGUGGCCCGGCCAGCUCUCGACGGUGCCUCAGAUCCUCCAGCUCUCGAACCUGUGGAAGCUGACCCUCCAGAAGCGGGGCUGCAAGGGGCUGAUGGCCACCGGGGCCCACGGCGUCAUGCAGGGGAUGGUGUUGAGCUUCGGCGGGCUGCAGUUCACGGAGAACCACCUCCAGUUCCAGUCAGACCCCAACGUGCUCCACAACAGCUAUGCCCUGCGGGGCAUCCAUUACAACAAGGACUUGAUCAAUUUGGCCGUCCUGCUGGACGCAGAGGGCAAGCCCUUCCUCCACGUCUCGGUCAAGUUCCAGGAGAAGCCGGUCAAGCUCUACGCCUGCGAGGGCGGCUGCGCCAACGACCCCGUGGAGCUCACAUCGGAACUUCACGGACACACAUUCCCCGUCAUGGUGACCCAGCCCAUUACGCCUCUGCUGUACAUCUCCACUGACUUGGUCCACCUCCAGGACUUGAGGCACACGCUGCAUCUCAAGGCCAUUCUGGCUCACGAGGAGCACAUGGCCAAGCAGUACCCAGGCCUGCCCUUCCUCUUCUGGUUCAGCGUUGCCUCCCUCAUCACCCUUUUCCACUUGUUCCUCUUCAAACUCAUUUACAAUGAGUACUGCGGGCCAGGAGCAAAGCCACUCUUCCGGAGUAAGGUGUAGCCAGGCCUGGUUUCAGAUGCCUGAGAACGUGGCGAACUCUCCUCCUUUUUCGAUCCUCUCCCUUCUUCCCACCAUCCUGGAGGUCAAAAGGGCCCUGUGUAGGAGCUCUGAAUGUCUUGUGGAUAAGUGGUAUAUGUGUGCCUGUGUACACAAGUGUGAAUCAAUAUAUGUGUGUGUGUGCACGCAAAGGUUGUCUUUGCAGGAGGCAAAGGCAGCUUCGAGCAAUGGGGAAACUCUACGAGGAAAGAAGACCCCAUAAAUAAAAAUGUUUUAGCACAGACUGUUUUGCUCCUAGGGUGGGCGAAUGAGCUUGAAUGCAUUUUUCUGUCCCCGAGGAGCACUGCUGGACUUCAAGCACCCCCAGAGCGAUGGGUUGUGUGUUACUACAGUUGUGACCUUGCUGCUUUGCAGUGACAGGGCCUGUGUUAGGAGGAGUAAGGUAGGAUUACAGUCACUUGCUGGGUACAGAGAGAGGCAGAGGUACCCUACAAAGAUUGCAGGGGGACUGCUUUUUGUACAUUGACCAUUUUUGGAAGCUUUGCUAACCCCUCUUGGAGGUAGGAAAGCUAGUGAUGAAUUAAUACUAGAACUCCCACAGUGUACAUUACGUGGGGAGCUAAAGGAGACCCUGCCCUGGUUCUUUCUAGUACCAAAAGGAAAAUGGCUAGUGUCAUUUGGCAACUGAAUAAACCCAGAACUGGAAGGCAUAGGAACGAAGGGAAGGCUCCAAGUUAGUUAGCCUCCUUUCUCUCCAGAGGAAGGAAGAAGCAGAAGCUGAAAUGAAGAAGAGUAGCAGUUUGAUCCAGUGUGGGAUCUGAAGUUUACACGUUCCACAGAGCUCCAUCUAUUAGUUUGGCUUGGGAGGCAAAAUGUAGCCUAUUUGCUCUGAAGAGUAGAUACUGGAGUAAAAACAGGGAAAGACGGUGGAGAGUGGGUCUGAGGCAGAGUAGAUGCUGUCUCCAGAUUUAAUUGGAUUAGUAAAUGAUGCGUCAGAUGGAGAGGUUUGGGUUAUAGUGUGCAUACUACUGGAGUCCUAGAACUCUUUUCUCUCCAUGCUCUCAGUUUGUUUCUAUGUAUUUCCUCUUUUUUUCUCACUUUUGGGAGACCCAGCUGCCUUUUUUGCAUCACGUUCCAUGACGAUUGUGGUUAAAAGUGGUCAUGACAGCCAGCUCCCUGGAAAAUUGCUGGCCUUAGCACUGAUUCAGGGCCAGAGCUGUCCAAGAGAUGUUGCGUCCGUGGCUGGACAUGGCAAUUCCAUGGUCAGUCAGGGGAUGGACAUCACUGUGAGAACGCCACAUCCCUUCCAAAGAUGCUUCCUUGCAUGUGGACAUUGGGAUGGGCAAUAAGAACGACUGGGAAGGAGAUGAGGGUGAGGCCUUGCUGUAAAAGUUGGAAGCAUUUCUGUGUUGGACUACAGCCCUCAGAAACCAAUGCCAGCUGGGGGAUUCUGGGUCUCGUAGUCCAAACAAAGGAGCAUCUCUUCACUCUGCCCACCAUCCGGAAGGCAGAAGAGCUUGCUUUCCUAAAAGGAUUCCUCAUAGGUUUCUUAUAAUUGUUAUUUUAAGUCUAUUGCAGAAUGUUUGAUUUGAAAGCUGGGGGCUGUUGGCUGGUUUGCGACAAGUUUGCCGCAACAUGGCUGAAUUCAAAGAGAGCCCCAUCGAAAAACCCACAGGGACAUAGCAAGGUCCGCUUUUGAGAGAAGUGGUUAAAUACUAUAUAUUCUUAACUGGGAACCACCAAAAGAAAUAUCUCCUCUGAGCGAGCAAAUGAGUAACCACCUUCCCUUUUCUGUCCUCCUCGUUCUCUCUGAUGCUUUGCACAAAACGAAACCACUGGGGAGAAAGCGCCCUUUUCAGCGUACCCUUUUGUGCCUUGUCAAGAAGAGGGAGGUGGAAACGCUUGUGGUUCUUCACUCAUCUGUACUCGCACUUGUGUGUGUGUGUGUGUCCUUGUCACAUACGUGUGUGUCUCUCUGUCUCCAUUUCUCUCCCCCUUUAAAACCCCGUCCCUCUCAACUUCUGUCGGCUUCCAUUUAAAAAUCGACUCUCUUCGGUGCACAAAUACUUGAAAAUCACAUCUGGGCUUUUCCGUUUGGGGUUUUUUUUUUUUUUUUGCCGUCGGAGGAAACGAAUAAGUACUUAUCCACCCUGUUUUUGGUCUUAGUCUAACCACGCUGCAAAAGUAAUUGAAUGUGUCCUCAUUUCUUGUGUGUACUUUAAUUUAUUGUAAGCCAAUUUGGGGUGCUGGCUUUUCCAAGACCGCUGCGCCCCUUUACCAGCCGAGAAUGUAACUUGUACAGAUCUCUUAAUCCGCUGCUGGUAAUGAGGUUUCUCAGCCUUUUUUGUGAGCACAGUAACACACAAAAAUGUCCACUUUUAUGACCCUAAAUAGCAAGCAAGGAGGAAUUGAACUCUUUCUUCUUGCUCCCGGUCUCUUUCAAUGUCCUCCUUCCUGAGGUCCUAAGACUGUGACGAGGCACAGACUUUUCUGGUGAUUUGAUAAUGGUUGUCGUGAUUAUUUUAAAAUACCAAAGGUUUGGGUUGGUUUGGUUUUUUAAAAAGAAAAUAAUAAUAAAUUCUCAAAUCUACA